GGGUCCACGGGAGGUCCAUCGGAGUGUAUGGCGAGCGCCGGCCCGCGGGGCGCUCUUCCCGACACCCGGAGUGGGAGCCCGGAGAGGCGGAGACCGGACUCAAAAGGGGACGAGGCGGAGCGCAGCCAAAAACCCCAAGCCCCGCAAAACCCCUAAACCCUAGCACCUCCAUACCCCGUCCCCGGGGUUCUCCGCGCGGCUUCCAACGGUUGGAGGCGAAGCCGCCGCCAUGGCGACACUCCUCAGGCGCGCGUCGCUGCGGCGCGUCGUCGCCGCCGCCGCCUCCGCCUCUUCUUCUCAACCUGAGAGCUAUAAGCAAGUGAUCUGUGGCUCCACGUUUCAUUGCCGAGAGUUCGCAUCAAAAGCUAAAAAAAAGAAGUCAAGUGGAACAGACUCUGGUGAGGAGAAUAUGUCAAAGAAAGACUUGGCUUUACACCAGGCUAUUGAUCAAAUAACGUCUGCAUUUGGGAAGGGGGCGAUAAUGUGGCUUGGGCGUUCACAAGGCCAUAGAGAUGUACCUGUCGUGUCUACUGGCUCUUUCGCUUUGGAUAUGGCUCUAGGAACUGGUGGUCUUCCAAAGGGGCGUGUCAUAGAGGUCUAUGGUCCAGAGGCUUCAGGCAAGACAACGCUUGCUCUACAUGUCAUUGCAGAAGCACAAAAGAAUGGGGGUUACUGUGCCUUUGUAGAUGCAGAGCACGCUUUGGAUCCAGCUCUCGCAGAGAAAAUUGGUGUUGACACUAACAAUUUGCUCCUUUCUCAGCCAGACUGUGCUGAGCAGGCACUCAGUCUUGUGGAUACACUGAUUCGAAGUGGAUCUGUUGAUGUUGUUGUAGUAGACAGUGUAGCUGCGCUUGUUCCAAAGACUGAGCUCGAUGGUGAGAUGGGUGAUGCACAUGUUGCUCUUCAGGCUAGGUUGAUGAGCCAAGCUCUUCGCAAGCUUAGCCACUCCCUUUCGCUUUCGCAGACAAUUUUGUUAUUUAUUAAUCAGAUCAGGGCCAAGGUAGCCACAUUUGGAUUUGGAGGACCAACUGAGGUCACUUCUGGUGGCAACGCCUUGAAGUUUUAUGCUUCUGUUCGCUUGAACAUCAGGCGUAUUGGUUUGGUAAAGAAAGGUGAAGAGACAAUAGGUAGUCAGAUUGCUGUGAAGAUUGUAAAAAACAAGCAUGCUCCACCCUUCAAGACCGCACAGUUUGAGCUUGAAUUUGGAAAGGGGAUAUGCCGCAGUUCUGAGCUUUUCGAACUCGGAUUGAAGCACAAGCUUAUCAAAAAGACUGGUGGUGCAUUUUAUAGUUUCAAUGAUAUGUCUUUCUGUGGUAAAAAUAACCUUAAAUCUUACCUUGAUGAAAACAAGAGUGUUGCAAAUGAUCUGGAGAUGGAACUAAGGAGAUUGAUGGCAACUGAAGCACCUAAAGAGCAGGAGGCAGAAGAUAGUUCACCGAGUGAUUUGCCUGAAGAGAUUGUCACACCUGAAGUAUCGUCAGAAGAGGAUCUGGGAGCUGUAAUCGAAGGUUAGCCAGUGAUUUGAUGUGCUGGCAAGUGGGAAGAGAAUUUCUGGAGCAGUUGUUCCCGUAUUUUGGGCCCUGAAGUCACCACCGUUUGGAUCAACAUGACCUGUGGUGUUCUGGUGAUCUCAUUGUAACAGACUUCAGUUCUUACUGUGCUUAUACGGUAGUGUAGCAUGAAGAGAAUUCGCAUUGUGUGAAAUCAUGCUGAUAACUGAGAGGUGGAAGUUGAAGUAAGCCGGGAAUGGUGAGGUACUGUGGUCCGUGUGGCAAUUUGAACUUUAUUAAGCGAUGGUAAAAUGUAGUGGCGUGGUCGUGUAUAUAUGAUGUGCACAUUUUGAGCUCUUGUUGUCACGUCGAAGUCAAUUUCAAAAGCAUUCUUUAUUGAGUGCUGCUAGAAUUACAUUGAGCUCCAUCCACUUCCGGUACUUCAGUACUUGCCUUGGGUUUUGCUUGGAGUAGCGAGUUUUGGUUUUUGA